AUGGCAGACAACAAAGAAUUCUUCCCACCCCAGUACGACGUGAACGCCAAAUGGGACGCGUGUCUCGAUCUGACGGUCCGGCGCUUCGUCUACUCUUCCUUGGGCGGUGCCUUUGGUGGUCUCCUUUUGUUCAGGAGUCCUGUGAGUCGCUGGGCUUCUGUAGCUUUUGGCGCUGGAUUGGGCAUUGGAUCCGCAUACACGGAGUGCUCUCGUUUAUUUGAGGGAUCUCCAGCGAAGUUGGCUGCUCCUAAGAUUAUUGAGACUCCUGCUCCUCAGGAAUCUGUUGCAGUAUAG